CCAUGUGUUUGUUCUUCUCCCUGAACCAGAUAAAGGAGGCUAUGAUUAGAUAACAAAUAUGGUCAGGUAUUUAGGCGGUGGGCUGCAAUGAAAAUGUGGAUCGGCUGAGAAAUCUGUAGCAUGACAAAUGCUGCAAUGGAGCGCCUGUGUUUCAUCGGCAGAAUGGAGUACAUCGCCAUCCUGGCCCGGCUGCUGGUCCUCCUCGCCUGCUUGGCACAGACCACGUCCGCUUCCUGUGUGGUGGACAGCUUCCCGGUCAAGCAGGACUUCGACGCGCGCAGAUACAGCGGUAUGUGGUACGGCCUCCAAAAGAGGGACCCCGAGGGCUUUUUCCUGCAAGACAACAUCUCUGCUAACUAUACCAUCGACGACGACGGAGCCAUGACUGCCCAUACUAAAGGCCGCGUCACACUUUUCGGGUUCUGGGUAGUUUGCGCUGACAUGGCCGCCCAGUACACAGCCCCCGACCCCAGCACCCCGGGCAAAAUGUUCAUGACUUACCAAGGCCUGGCCAGCUACCUGUCCAGCGGCGGUGACAACUACUGGGUCAUUGACACCGACUACGACAACUACGCCAUCACCUACGCAUGCCGCGUGCUGAAGGAGGACGGCACCUGCGAUGACGGCUACGCUGUGGUCUUCUCGCGUAACCGCCGUGGCCUGCCGCCCGCCUUCCAGCGCCUCAUCCGAAGGAGGCAGGAAGAGAUCUGUUGGGCAGGCCAGUUCCAGCCUGUUCUGCAGUCAGGUGCCUGCUAGUGAGACAGGAUGCCUGAAGCAUGCUGGCACGAGAAGACACAUCUUCUCACUGGAGGCCCUGUCCCUGAUCCUGGAGUGCUAGAGUCCUACAGGUUUUAGAAUACUUUUAAUUAGUUCCUACAUGACGUCUGAUGCACCAAGGUAGGGGAGAUAUACUACACAUAUUCCAAUACAGCUAUGAGCGGUCAUCCAGCAAAAAGCAUCGCAGUGUCACAGUCCACGAGAACCGUGACUUUAAGCCUCCGAUCGUAGACUUUAGAUCGUAUCUCCACAA